GUAUCUAAACUAACCAAAUUUCUUAAUUAUUAUCAUCUUGAACAUGGCUACUUUCUUUGGUUCCCCACCAGUUUUCUCCCUCCCCCUUACAAGAAACAGUCAUCACAUUGCUUCAUCAUCACCAACACCUCCACCAAUUCCUCCCCAGCAAUCUCAGUCCCCAACUGCGUCAUCUUCACAAUCAGUUCAGGGCACUGCCAAAGCACAGCCACAGAACCCCAUCAAACCUGUCACUUCAUCAACCAAGGUUGAUUCCACAGAUUGGAUAGCCACUUCCUUGACCAGACGGUUCGGGCUAGGAGCUGGUCUUGCAUGGGUUGGUUUUCUUGCAUUUGGUGUUGUCUCAGAACAGAUUAAGACUCGCCUAGAGGUUUCUCAGCAAGAGGCAAAUACAAGGGACGUAGAGAAGGAGGAAGAGGUGACACUUCCUAAUGGAAUAAGGUACUGUGAAUUGAAAGUUGGUGGUGGCGCUUCACCAAGACCAGGUGAUUUGGUUGUGAUUGAUAUCAUGGGAAAGGUUGAAAGCACUGGAGAAGUAUUUGUGAAUACAUUCGAGGGAGACAAGAAACCAUUGGCUCUAGUAAUGGGUUCAAGGCCAUAUAGCAAGGGAGUUUGUGAAGGGAUAGAAUAUGUGCUGAAAACUAUGAAGGCUGGAGGCAAAAGGAAAGUAAUAGUCCCUCCCCAGUUGGGAUUUAGGGAGAAUGGUGCUGAUUUAGGCUCUGGUGUGCAAAUUCCUCCACUUGCAACACUUGAAUACAUUGUAGAGGUUGACAAGGUUUCCAUUGCACCUGCUUGAUGAUUGAUUAAGUGUAAGCAUGUAAAUUAUGCCCAAAUCAAGUUUUUCUCUAGUGCUGAGCAUUGUUGAUAAUUCCUUAAUCCAAUAAUGCUGUGUGCUCUGCAUUUAUCAUAUAUAAUUUCUCAUUUCUUUUGUGAUCGUUUUUGAUGGGAUUGAAGAGUAUUCAUGUUAACAAUCAAGAACUUUCCCUUA